CCCACUUCUCAACCCACCACCCUCGCCUCCUCCUCCUCUUCUUCUCCGUCUCCGGCCGAUCAAUCGCUAGAUCAAGGUCCUGCAAUGGCUGCCGGAGAGCCUUUCAACGUAACCGCCAGGUCCCCAGUGGGGGCGCAGCCUCACUCGCCGUGGCAUUCCCCGGUUCCGUACUUGUUCGGCGGCCUGGCGGCCAUGUUGGGUCUCAUUGCUUUUGCUCUGCUAAUCCUUGCAUGCUCCUACUGGAGGCUCUCCGGGUACCUUGAGGGAGACGGCGCCGCAGAGAGAGACCUCGAGGCCGGCGAGGGGAAAAGCGAAGACGACGCCCAGAAGCCCCCGCCCGUUUUUGAAGAGAAAAUCUUGGUGAUUAUGGCCGGCGAAGCGAAGCCGACGUUCUUGGCCACCCCCAUGUCUAGUAGGUCGUCUUCUUUUGGAGAUAAUAAUUGUAGCAGCUGCGGCAGGGAAAACAAAGAAAAGGCGGUGGAAAUGGCGCCGCCGGCGAAGCCUCAAGGUGGUAGUACUGAUCAUCAUGUUGUUCAGGUACCACAAAGUGAGAACAGAGACGAUCGUGACCAGACCUCCGGCUCAGCUGAUCAGACCCAUUGAUCUCUUUUUUUUUUUUUUUUUUUUUCUGGUUUUCUUGUGGGAGCUCAUGCUAUACACUGAUACACAUUUAUGAGCUCCCAAACAUGUUUAGGUUUCUCAAGGAUGUAGUUCCUUUUUCUUCCCUUUUUCUUUUUCUUCGGGAAAAUGUAAAUAUCUUUGAGAUCAGAUCGAAGAAGUACCUAGUUCUUCAUAA